AUGGCAUCUUCUAAUCCUCUUCGCCUCCCGUACAUCCUCUUCCUAAUCUUGACGCUAUUCAUUUCUUGUACUGCUGCCUGGAAGAAAUGGGAAGCGACCAACUUUUGUAAAUGCGUAUGCUUUGGGACAGCAUAUGCAAUUUUGCCAAUGACCACACCCGACACACCCGCUCAGCCUUGCUUGUCAUGCACGAAGCAAUGGUGUCUGAACCAAAACCUUCCUAUCUGUGCGGGCGCUACUUUGGGUGAUACCAACCCAGAUACGGCUACUGGAAAAGAAGGAGACGUUGAGGCGAGAUGCUUCCAACGAGACUCUCCUCGCGACCAACUUGUGGUCACACUCUUUCUGCUCACAGUAUUUGGCCUUCUACUUGGGGCUGGCGUUAAGAAUCGAAUGCUGAAAGCCGGGCUGACUGGCGAGCUUCCAUGGAGGAGACGAGACAGGCGAGGUGGUGGGAGCCCUGGAUUCCUCGAAGGCAAGAAGAGGACGCGCCACUGGGACUCACCCGAUUUGGAUUGA